ACAAAUCAUUUUCUGUCCUUGUGAACAGAUAACAGCAGCAUUAGAAGUUGGAGUGCCGUCCCUACAUCGUUUCGUAUCAUUUGGAACAUUUUUUGAUCUGGAGUGGAUGGCAAGCAAGUGCAGUUCAAAUGACAUUCACUUAAUAACUGGAUAGCCUAUCUGUACGCUUUUAGUGAAAACACGAGCUGUUUAUGUUACGGUAUACCGUUGGGCACCGCUCCUUGAGCACAGCAGUAUGGGGAGUCGUUGGGGAGACUGUUGUCCCCGAGCUCUCUCUCCGAGGAUUUAGAUGGUCCGUAAUCUCUCAGCAUGCCUACCUGGGUUAACAGGACCAACUGUUCUUUCAAUUGCAGUUGGGAUGAAAACGCGACUUACUGGGGAAUCGAGCCCCCAGUCAACAUUUUUCCCAUUCCGGUCUUAAUCGGUGUGACCGUCACCUGCGUCCUGUUCUUCUUUAUCGGCGUAACAGGAAAUCUAAUGACAAUUUUAGUAGUGACAAAAUACAAGGACAUGCGAACCACCACCAACUUGUACCUUUCCAGCAUGGCGUUUUCGGAUUUACUCAUUUUCUUCUGCAUGCCCCUGGAUUUAUAUAGGAUCUGGAAGUACCGACCUUGGAAUUUCGGCAACAUACUUUGUAAACUAUUUCAGUUUGUCAGUGAAUGCUGCACAUACUCGACCAUUCUGAACAUUACUGCUCUCAGCGUGGAGAGAUACUUUGCUAUUUGUUUUCCUUUAAGGGCUAAGGUGAUCGUGACCAAGGGUCGGGUGCGAGGAGUCAUUUUGGUCCUCUGGAUAGUAUCUUUCUUUAGCGCAGGACCUGUGUUUGUUCUCGUUGGUGUCGAGCAUGAAAACGGGACAAAUUCAUGGGAUACUAACGAAUGCAAAGCGACGGAAUAUGCCAUACGGUCUGGUCUCUUAUCCAUUAUGGUUUGGGUUUCAAGCAUCUUUUUCUUCUUGCCCGUGUUCUGUUUAACUGUUCUGUACAGUCUCAUCGGCCGAAAGCUUUGGAAGAGAAAAAGGGAGACGAUUGGAGAAAAUGUUUCUAGUCGUGAUAAAAACAACAGACAAACAGUGAAAAUGUUAGCUGUGGUGGUGUUUGCCUUCGUGCUCUGCUGGCUUCCCUUUCACGUCGGACGAUACCUGAUCUCCAAAUCUACAGAGAUGGGAUCUCCUGUCUUAUCUGUCAUUAGCCAUUACUGCAAUCUCAUCUCCUUUGUACUCUUUUAUCUAAGCGCAGCGAUCAACCCUAUUCUAUACAACAUCAUGUCUAAGAAGUACAGAAUGGCAGCUUGCAAACUUUUUGGAUUGCACAAUAACCCAAGAAGAACAGCAUCGAUGGUCAAAGGAGAGGGUUCUCCAUGCUGGACAGAAUCUACUGUGAGUUUGUGACUUGACAGACUGCCUUUUCCAUUACCAACCAUUUCAGACGUCCUGAUCUGUACACAACUGACAAAUCAUUGAUUUUAUUUUUGUUGCAUGAUUGUCCUUUAAUAAGACUUGAAAACACCACAAAUGGAUGUUGAAUCAAUUCUCAAAUGCAUCUCCUCAACAGAUCAUGGAUUAUUUUAGAAAGAUUCAAAGAUUCAUCAUAUUUAUUAUUUAAAGUCAUUUGUUGUUGUACAAACAUAUGCAUAGAAUAAUUUAGGAGAGAUAACUUCAGUUGCCUUAAAUACAAAUGAAAUCUGGAAGACAAAAUGAGCACUGUAGAUACAGCAGCAUCCUACUGCACCCGGAUAGAGGGAGACGCAGAGGUGAUGCCUUCAUUUACAUUCUGUGCAUGAAUAACAUGUUCUCUAAGCAUGUGCGUCACUCUGUUUGUGUGGAUGAAGAAUGCUUUACUUCAGAUGAAAGCUAAAUGUUACACAACAUCCAUAUGCUUUGAGUAAUCAGUUAAAGGCAAAACAAAAACCUGCAUUGCAUUGGCUUAUGAAAAGUACUAAGCAUACUGUAUUAUGAAAAGAUUUUUGUUUCUUUUUUUUAUAUUUCAAAUGUUAAAAUGUGUUUCAUUUGUACUGGAAUGACAAUAGAUUGUCAUUGAGGAAAAUAUUCCUUUUAAACCAUUGCAAAAACUCUAUUGUGAAGUAAAACGUUUCACACUGUAAAUUCCAAAGGGUGUAAGUCUCUGUUGUGGAAACAG